AUGUCUCGCUGUUGCAAUGAGAAUAAGUGCUCUCAUUUCCUUAAAUGCUACAAUAAAUGCGAGACAAAUAGCGAAUGUGGAGAAACCUCUAGCUGUUGCAGUGAAGGAUAUUGCACUCAUGAAGUAAUUUGCAAGGGAAAUAAAGUCAUUGGAGAUAAUUGUGAUAAAAAUGAUGAGUGUAUUACCAAUCUCUGUUCAUAAAAUGAAUGCAAGGAUCAAGACAAUAUGUUUCCCAAUAAACUCGUAGUUAUUGCAGUUGUAGUAGCAAUAUCUGUAUUAAUAGCUACAUGCAUCAUGUAUUUCUGCUUUAAAUAUCUGUUUAGUGAUGAUAAUCGCUAAACCACACAUAGAAACAGCACAGAUUCCAAAAAGACCUAUCAGUAGCAUUUAAUAGAUUAGGGAUAAAGUGGGAGAAAUAGUCCCUUCGGUAACAGCUAAAGUUCUCGGGGUUAAUAAGCUCAAGUUUAGAAAUUAAACUUUUAGCAUCUAGUCAAAAAAGGAAAAGCAAAUCUGCCAAAUGAAAUGAAAUAUCUCGUCACACCAAUUCACGAAUUCUCAAAUGAAUUUAAUACGUAUGACUCUUAAAACAUUAAUAACAGAUCAGUUGUGAGUUCGAGAGUUGGCUUAUUAUCUCAUGAUUAAUAACUGGUGUAGCGUUCAUCUUGGGCAAAAGAUGAUGAUUACCUUAGAAAUUCAUAAAAUGAGUAAGAUGAUAUGAUAUUCCUGCCAGCAUAGAUUAUUGCAGGGGUAGCUAAUGAUAGGAAAUCUUUGACAAAAAGGAACACUAUCAAGGAAACCUAUGAAAAAAAUAGAGAAAGAUAUGGAAAUAGACUAGAAAUUAAUACUGCUAUUCCUAACUUUGGAGGGACAUCUAGGGCGCGCACAAGUGGCAUUGAUUAAAGUAGAAGAUUUGGAAAUCAGUACUUUACCUUAAGUCCCAGAAUAGAGGAUUAGCAUUAGUUUAAUGAAAGUAAUUAAGACGAUUAGAGAUUUGAGACUGAGAAUUUCGAGAUGGCUAUACAGCAAAGUAGCAGUCAAGGCACCUCAAAAAAUAAAAAUGAGUGA